AUGGAAUGCAACGAUUCGCGACUAUUUGACACGAGUAGCAAUGCCACUUACUUCGUCAUCGAACAGUUUUACCGCUUCCGAUAGUGAGUUUCAGUAGAAAAUCUGUAAAUCAGCUUUUCAAUCAUAUUUUAGCCUCUACUCGAACGUGCAUCCGUUCCUCUCGUUCAUACUCUGCGUACUCGGUCUCGCCGCCAACGCCAUCCACAUCCUCGUGCUCACCCGGCCUCGAAUGCGCCACUCCUCCGUGCACACCGUCCUCGUUUGCAUUGCCAUCUCUGACAUGGGAACGAUGACGUCAUACCUGGUGAGUUCGACUGCAAAUGACACGAAUCAUCCGUCUUCAGAUGUACAUCAGCCGCUUCGAGUUCUUACCGACAAAGAGGGCUACUCCUACUUCUGGGCCCUUUUCCUGAAGUGCCAUGCGAUGCUCUCGAUCGCCCUCCAUGCCAUCACACUCUACCUCGUCGUUCUGAUGGCGUUCAUCAGGUUGUCAGCCAUGAAACUGACGACAUCCAGGUGGUUGGAUCACACGAGAGCACUGUAAGUCCCCUUCCUUUCCCUUUUCUGUCAUCAUCCCGUACUUUCCUCAGAACCUGUGCCAUUUUCAUCGCUCUCUUCGUAUUCGUCAUGUGCGUGCCCACCCUUCUGGCUCAUCAAAUCGACGAAACCACUCGCGGAGUGACCAUUAAUGGAAUGUACUACAAGUACAGUGUCGGCUUCUCCACGUUAAUGAUGCAGAAUGGGUGCUUCCUCAUGAAGGCAAACCUGUGGCUCACCGGAAUAUUCCUAAAGGUAGACGAAAGCUUCUCGUUUCAUGUUCUUCUAGUCAAUCUUAAUCUUCAGGCCAUUCCUUGCAUGCUCCUCGUCACGUUCACAAUCGCUUUGAUUGGUCGUCUUCGAGAGAAUAACGAAAAGCGAAAGAUACUGAUAAAAGAGGAAAGAGCCAAGAAACGUGGCGACUUCACCACUUACAUGCUCCUGCUCAUGGUCACCGUCUUUCUUUGCACCGAACUUCCGCAAGGAAUCAUGGCGAUCCUCAAUGGUGAGUAUUGAGAGGAUGAUCAAGAUUAUCUGGAUAUCACAACUCUUCAGCUCUCUUUACAACCCAAUUCCAUCAAAUGGUCUAUCUGAAUCUAGCCGACGUCCUCGACCUACUCUCCCUGAUCAAUUGCUACGUGGCGUUCCUGGUCUACAGUUUACGUCUUCUCGAUACAGACAGACGCUGUUCAGUUUGCUCCCUUUGACAAGGUAACUCCGUGCUUCCCUCCACCUAAAGCCUGUUAUCUUCAGAAUUUCCUAUUCUGGCAUCUCGACGCGUCAAGGAACGCUGAAAGCACAUCCGCACGCCCAUCCAAACCAAGGGACCAAAACCCUGGUGCAACGUGCCAAUUCGGUCGAAGUCGUUUCCGUCCAUUCUCCACUCGUCGCUCAUCAGAAUAAUCGGCCGAAUUCGGCACAGCCGACAGACUUCUAA